ACAGCCAAAUCACUGCACAACACUUUAGAUAGAAAAAGCAUUUGUCGCAGCAUUCCGUUGCUAUAAAGAGAAUCAGAAUGGAGGUCGAUAAGGCAGAGACUGAGGCGGAGCCGGCAUCAGCAUCAUCCAACGAGGAGAGUGACGACGAUGCGGACGCCGAUGCGGAUGUGGAGGAGAGUCCACGCGGACGCAAAAGUGUCAGCUCCAUAAUCGCCGAAAUGGCCAUCAAGAACGAACAGGAGGCGGCCAGCAGCAGUGCCCGCACCCAAAAGGAGGACGAACAAAAGCGAAUGGAGCUGUCCAAUCUAUCGCCGGCGGCAAUGGCCGCCUACAUACGUGAGCUGGAAGCGGAGCUCUACGAGCUGAGCCAACGCGAGGCCCGAGAGCUCUCGCGCAGCAAGCACCUGCGCAUCUUUGGCAACACACGCAGACGCUCCAGCAAGUAGGCGAGGGGCAGCUUUAACAUAUAUCAAAUAAAUGGCCAUCAAUGAAAGUGAACA